AUGGGACCCAGACCUGGAGGUUAUCUCAUAUAUUCAUCUUCCCAGGAGUCUGAAAAAUGGUCCAGGGCCCAAGAUAGACGGAGGAACGAAAUAUCCGAAGGAGGAGAAGAAUCAACGAGAGCAAGAUUUUUGCCUCAGGGCCACCUCGCAGCUGCAGGGAUGAUGCCAAAGGGCAUACCAGCCAAUGGGCACCGCACCUGGGGACGAUCUAGCAAUCGGGAUGUCGUUGGUUCAAUGAUUAGUCACGGGCGGGAAGUUUCCCAUGGUUGGAUAUUUCUCCGCCUGCUUGUAUGUAUGCAUCUGUUCUCUUGUGGCUUGCUGAUGGUAUAUGUUCUAUGGGCCGACAAAGGUGUAUUGAUAGACCCCAACUGUGGCGUCCUACAGUUCGCCGUAUUGACUUCGAUGGACGAACUAGGCAAUCAGAUAGAACAAGUCGGAGGAUGCUGA